AUGAGUAAUAAUAGUAGAGUGGAAAGUGGUUCCGGACACCGUCAUCAUCACCAUCACCAUCAUCAUCAUGGUCACGGAAGCGGGCAGCGUUCGACCCUAGCGGACGGUUCAAGGAUUGGUAACUAUCAGAUUGUUAAGACGCUUGGUGAAGGUUCCUUUGGUAAAGUGAAAUUAGCCUAUCAUGUUACAACAGGUCAAAAAGUGGCGUUGAAGAUUAUUAACAAGAAAGUUUUGGCCAAGAGUGACAUGCAGGGUCGAAUUGAGCGUGAAAUAUCGUACCUACGUUUGUUGAGACACCCCCAUAUUAUUAAGCUUUAUGAUGUGAUCAAAUCGAAGGACGAAAUCAUUAUGGUGAUCGAGUAUGCCGGUAAUGAACUGUUUGAUUACAUUGUUCAGAGGGAUAAGAUGAGCGAGAAAGAGGCUCGUAGGUUCUUCCAGCAAAUUAUCAGUGCUGUGGAAUAUUGUCACAGGCACAAGAUUGUGCAUAGAGAUUUGAAACCAGAGAAUCUAUUGCUGGACGAGCAUUUGAACGUCAAGAUUGCCGAUUUUGGGCUGUCUAAUAUUAUGACAGAUGGUAAUUUCUUGAAGACUUCUUGUGGUUCACCCAAUUAUGCUGCUCCCGAAGUUAUCAGUGGUAAGUUGUACGCAGGUCCUGAAGUUGACGUGUGGUCUUCAGGUGUCAUUCUCUAUGUGAUGCUGUGUCGCCGCUUACCCUUUGACGAUGAGAGUAUUCCCGUGUUAUUUAAGAACAUCAGUAAUGGUGUUUACACAUUGCCCAAGUUUCUGUCUCCAGGUGCUGCUGGGUUGAUCAAGAGAAUGCUUAUCGUCAAUCCCUUGAACAGAAUCAGUAUCCACGAGAUCAUGCAAGAUGAAUGGUUUAAAGUCGAUCUACCAGAUUAUCUGAUCCCAGCGGAUUUGAAGCAUCAACAGCCAGAGAAUGAAGAGGCUCAAACUGCGGCAGAGAACGGCCCACACCAGGAAGAAAUUGAUGACGAUCUUGUUAACGCUUUGUCUAAGACUAUGGGUUAUGAAAAGGAUGAAAUUUACGAAUCUUUGGAGUCUGGUCAUGACAGCUCAGCUUUAAAUGAGAUUAGAGACGCCUACAACUUAAUCAAGGAAAAUAAGUCUCUCAUUAAGGAUCUUAAGUCGGAUAAAAGUACAUGUGAUGAACUCGAUACUUUCCUUGCUCAAUCCCCUCCGACAUUCCAACAAAGAAGUACAAGCGAUGUGAACAAUCAGACAAAUGCUGCUGUUGGAGCUCAAGCACCACAACAGCAGGCCUCAUCGCGCAAAAUGGCCGCUCAGCAGAGAACUUACCACCAAACUUCUUUCAAUGAUCAGAGCAAAGAAGAGGACUCCACAAUCUCAAUCCUCCCAACUUCAUUACCACAAAUUCACAGAGCAAAUAUGCUUGCUCAAGGGCUACCAGCUGCGUCCAAGAUAUCACCUUUGGUGAACAAGAAGUCUAAGACAAGAUGGCAUUUCGGUAUACGGUCACGGUCCUACCCAUUAGAUGUCAUGGGCGAAAUUUACAUAGCUUUGAAAAAUCUCGGUGCCGAGUGGGCCAAGCCCUCUGAAGAAGAUCUAUGGACCAUCAGAGUUCGCUGGAAGUACGAUGUUGCUCAAAACAAGAACAACGAGAAAAUUCCAGACCUCAUGAAAAUGGUCAUCCAGCUCUUCCAAAUCGAGACUAAUAAUUACCUUGUGGACUUCAAAUUCGACGGGUGGGAGAGCAGUCAUGGUGAAGCCACAAAAGAGUCCAAUGUUUCCGAGGACGAGAUGAGCACUUUUUCAGCUUACCCUUUCCUACACUUGACCACAAGACUCAUCAUCAUGGAACUUGCAGUAAACAGCCAAGGCGGUUAG